CAUCUGAAAGAAGCUAUUGAUUCCUAUGGAGGGUUGAAAGGAUGCCAAGCUGCUAUAAUUGAGCUAGAUACAAAGAUACAAAGUGCAACGAAACCUUUUAAAUUAAAAGGCAUUAGCAAGCUUAAACAAUUCGUAUAUAACAUUGAUGGAGAAAUGACGGUAUGGCAGGCGUGGAAUAUCGGAAAGGGUAUGAAAAUAUCGAAGACUGGCAGUCCUCAAGGUGAGACGGGCGUAAUCGCAACGCGGCCAUUUCUUAAACCAAAAGUGACGUCUGGCAUUUUAAAGAAAACUAUAGUGGAACCUUCAUCAUGUCCAGCUGCAAAAAAUGAGCCAAAUGUCCCUGAUGUAAAAGACAAAGAACCUGUCAAGUUUUAUUGUCCUGAAGAAGGAUGUAUUAAAGCAUAUAGCUGCAGUCGCUAUCUUAAACAGCACCUUGAUAUUGGAAAGCAUGAAUUCAAGCUUCACGAAGAAUCACAGUAUGAUCAAAUACAACGGAAAUGGGCGCAAAAAUGUACUUCUCUAAAACCUCCAAACCCCUCGUGUCCACCAAUGGUUAGCUCAGCUUCUAAUUCAGAAGAAGUACAUGUUCCUGAUCUAGUGACCGGCUGGGCAUUGAAAAAAUCGAAGCAGUGCAACCGAUUUCCACUGCACGUGAAGAGCUACCUUGUAGGGCAGUUCCUGAUUGGGGAGGACACAGGUAGGAAAGUGACGCCAGCAGAAACAUCGACGCGAAUGCGUUCCAUGCGUGAUAGUAACGGGAAACGAGUCUUUGAUAAAGAAGAUUGGCUAAUGGUACAGCAGAUCACCAGCUAUUUUUCAAGACUGGCGGCGAUGAAAAAACUUGGUCAGUUACCACCAGGACCUCUAACUGAAGAAGAAGGGGAAGAAGUCGAAGUUGCCGUGCGUACGACCGAAAUAUAUAAUCUGCGGGAGAGUCUUGAGGAAGCUCACUUGUGA